AUGGUGGACGUGAGCCUGAGUCUAGCAGAUGGCGGCAUCGUGUUUGCCGGCCUUGCUGUAGCAGGCACGGUCACCCUGAUCAACAAAGAUCUUCACGAUACUGUCAACGUGGCCUGGCUCUCAAUCACCUCCCACUGCCAGUGCACGUUCAACAAGUCCCGCCUGAAUAUUCCCGAUGUCAUUGAGCCUCAACCCGGAUCAAGUGGAAGCUUCCUGCCGACACAGGGAGGGCAGGAACCCAUUCAAGCGGGCGCCUGUGCGCGAGGCCCUCAACGUUGCCGACCUGACGGCUGCCAUCUCUUCGGUCAUCCGCCGGCGCCAGACCUGUGUGUAUCUACAACUUCUCCUGGCUUGAGCUUUGGUGAUGACGAGCAAGGUGGACAAGACCCGACCGUCGGGUUCCCGGUGAUGCUCAUGUGUGGCUGGGUGUGGUUAGGUCGCUUCGCGUUGACGACGGCACAGGACAUUACUUUUGCAACCUUGGUGUUGCCCAAGCGUCACUUUCGAUUGGGCGAGGACAUAUCUGGUGCACUCUCCUUUACCAACUCCCCAGGUUUAGCUUGUUUGAAGGUGAACCUCGGCCUCGAGCGCGUGGAAAAGCCGGCCAACCGCUUUUGCCACGAGGCCGCUGUACGCGAGUCGACAUUGACAGAGCUACACAGCGUCACUCAGCUAGGAAGCCUUCAUGCAGAACUAACCGCUUUUGAUGUCACGGUGCCGUUGCACGUGAGCCCAACAUUCUACUGCGAAUACGGUAUGUCCGUUGACGCCUGUGCCCUUCUCGCCCUGCCCCAAUCUUGCCUGAUAGUUGCUCGCUGUUCUGCCUAA